AUGAAGACAAUCGGUCCUCCAAUUAUGCAAGCAAAUCCAGCAGUUUCAUUCCUCCCAAUCCGGACCAAAACCCCUCAAAGAACUCAUCUUUUUCAACAACACCAGCAUUCUCAACCAAGUAGAAGAAAGGAUUUUGCCUCAUCAUCGUCUCUCAUUCUGGCUCUCAGUAGGAAGAAACCAUUGCUCAUCCCAAAAAACAAUCUUGAUCAUCAUAAUCCGAAACAACAAACCAACCAGAUUACAGGGGAGCCCUGUUCUUCGUCUUCCUCUGCUUGGGUGGUGGGGACUGCGGUGGCUGCAAUGGUGGUGGUGGUGAUGGGUUUGGAUGACCAAAAGGCGUGGGCUUUGGGACCAGAAGGCCCAAUGGUGGAGGAAUUCUGGGACAACAUGAGGAGGUAUGCGCUGUAUGCGUUGACAGUCAGCACAGGGGCACUUUACAUUGUGUUCCAACCCAUACUGGAGCUGCUCAAGAAUCCCAUUUCUGCUAUUUUGAUCCUAAUUGUUGCCGGGGCUGGUUUCUAUGCUGUUUCCCAGGUGCUUUCUGCCAUGGUUGGGGUCUCUGAUUUCUCUUACGAUUAUGCCAAUUGA